AAAAACCUUUCUGCUCCCAAGUCCCUCCCUCGUACUUUCAACCCCUUGAGAUGCUUUCGCUUCUGCCGCUCUCUCGAUGAAAGAUUGAAAUCAAAUAGUUGCAGAAACCCUAGAGAGACACCUGACUCCUGAAGCGACUUCAACUUGCCGAAAUUCCAGAGAGAAGGUAACAUACCCUUCGUAUCCUUAAUCUCGUUGCCUAUUACUCUAUUUAGUGACAAUGAAGACGAUUAAAGGAUCGAUCACAUCUUCAAAUCCCAUCUCACUAUCAAAAGCUGCUUCAGUUCUGCACAAAUUCAUCAAUGAGGACACUGGAGCUUCGCAAGCUGUUUCUGUGUACCUGAAACGAGCUUCCGCUGCCUUUGAAGAGCUGGUUGAGUUUCACAAUGAACUCAAAGGAAGAUCCCACCGCAAACACAAGAAAAUUCGUAUGGAGACGCUGGAUAACGGAGCCCUAAAAGAUGCCGAGACAAACCACGAGGAAGAAGGCACAACGGCCGCCGAGCGAGGUCGAUUUAUUGAUUCCUUGGAGGAACAGAGUGACAGGAAUAGUGGGAAACCGAAAGGAGGGGGUUUUGAUGAUGAAGGAAUCAACAGGCAGAGAAAAAAGAAAAAGGAUUUCAGUGACUAUGGGCCCGAAGCCAAGGUUGGAGAAGGUGGAGCUGGCAUCCGGAUUGUGGAGGAGACGAAGAAAAGGAAAAAGAAAGAAGUGGAAGAUGGAGGAUUGAAUGAUUACGAGGAGCAGCAUAGUAGGAAGAACAAGAAAAUUGUAGACGGAGGAUUGAAUGAUUACGAGGAGCAGCAUAGUAGGAAGAACAAGAAAGUUGUAGAUGGAGGAUUGAAUGAUUACGAGGAGCGGCAUAUCAGGAAGAACAAGAAGAGCAAGAGGAGGAACGAAGACGAGAAAUAGCCACUGGUAACCGUGGUUUUGUUGUUUGAUCUACUCAGAAGAAAGCGUUCCCGAGAAAAUUUAAACUGAAGUUAUUCUUGGAUUUCUGCUUCUGUGGAUUAAUCCAAUUGACCUGCCAGUCAAGCUGCAGCCAUGAUCUCAGGUAGACAAUGAUUUUUGGAAUCUAUAACAUGUAUUUGGGAGAACUGUCUGCAUGGAGAUAUAUCAUGCUAUUGGACUAUGCGGAUGUUGGUACCAGUGGUAGUAUGUUGAUACAUGCAUACAUACUUUUUUCAUAGUACCUUGCAGUCACUGACUGCCAUCUUAUCUCCGUGUAUAUUUGCUUUAGUCUUCUGGGACUGGGAGUUCAGGUUUGGGGGCUGAAGAAGUCUACCUGUGGCCCAGUUGGCAUUAUGAAAGCGUUGGUUGCAUUGUGUUUUGGCUGCCUACAUAACUUUAUUUUUUAAAGUCUUGAGCACCAUGGGAAGAGAUUGGGUACCUUAUCGUAUACUCUUUUGAUCUGGGUCAAUAAGAUAUGUAAUUUACAGUUCAUUCUGCAUUGCUGGGUCAUUUUGUGGUUACAAUUCAGUUAUACAGUUUUUGAUCUGGUUGUAUGAUCAAAGAAUAUCGUGAAUGCUCCAAUUUGUUAUGUCU